AUGAAUUUCCCUUGUAGGCAGCCUGCUUAUAAGUGGUACCUUACACAGUCUAAGAGGACUGCUAAGGGCGCGUGGACUGAUAUAAUACGUAAUACUACCUUCGGUGACACGAAUAAGCUUAAACACUAUAUCAAUAAGAAGUAUAUAGUUACUGGUACUGAUACUAUAGCGCGGAGUGCUGGUGGUUCCCCCUCACUGGCUUUACUUCGGGAGAUUCGGUUUGAGCAAAUUUAUACUGGGGAAACUGAACACCGACCUAUCCUUCCCUUAAAGCGAAAUAGUGAAGUGAAUACAACCGAAAUGCGUGUGAAACUCCGUGAGAUAGGUUAUACUGGUGCCUAUAUAUUAUACAAAGCUGAUUCCGCUUCGAAAGCUUGCUGUACUUAUACUCGUCAGUAUAAGUGUGAUUACUUUGAGUAUUUUUCUGAUAAUAAACCUGAGGAAGAUAUUGAGGAAGGCAGUAGUUAUAGUGGAGAUAGUGACACUGCGGAGUAG